CCGGCAGGUGUUUUAUUCAACACCACCUGCGUCUUUAUUUUGAUUAAUUAAGACAAUAACCUCACUUGAAGAAGAGCUGUAUGUAGUUUUUUUUUCACUUUUGACUCCGACACCUCUCUUAUAAUUGGCUCCAUUUGCUGCCCGUCAGAUCAUAUUUUCUGUUUUGCUGUUUGUUUUUUCUUCCCUCCCAUCAAAACAAUGGCAUGUAUGCAAAAAGCGAGACCUACUCAGGCUGCUCAGCUGUUGCCGACUGAGGUUUCCACCGAGCAGCAGUCCCUGAUUGUUGUGAAGAAGCUGUUAGCCAUCGCGGUCUCUGGCGUCACGUACCUCCGGGGGAUAUUCCCGGAGAGAGCCUACGGGCCAAAAUAUGUAGACGAUCAACAAGUGAUGAUCCUCAAAGGGGAACGGGAAUGUCCCGGUGCCACUCAAAUACUAAAGUGGAUGCAGGGGUGUUUUGAUGCCAUCCAGAAGAAAUAUCUGCGGAUAGUCAUCAUGUCUAUUUAUACUGACCGGGAGAACCCCCAGAAAGUGACUGAAUAUUACCAGUUUAAGCUCCAGUAUACUGCUGAAGGGGCUCAUAUGGAUUUUGAAAGCAAAGGUCAAAAGUUGUCGACAAUGUCGGUGGGAAACACCAGGAAAGCCAGCGUCCUGCUGGUGAGGAAGCUCUACACUCUCAUGCAGAAUCUGGGGCCCCUGCCCGAAAACGUUUGCCUCAACAUGAAGCUAGCCUACUACGACGAUGUGACCCCCCAGGGCUACCAGCCUCCAGGCUUCAUCGAGGCCGACAGUGACAUACUGGAGUUUGAGCAGGAGUCGGUCAGACUGACCAUGGGCGAGGUGGCCACCCCCUUCCACUGUGUGAAGUUUGAGAUGGCCACAGAGAAACGGAGACUGGAGCAGGUGGAGGCCAGCGUUCAAGUGAGGGACCGGUGGCUAGUGAAGGUGCAGGAGAAAGUCUUAUUACAGAGUCAAGCACCCGAAGAGCUGAAGGAGCUCACCGGUGAGAGCACGGACCAGGAUAUCACCGAGACCCAGACGAGCCUUCACAUGCAGACCGAGACUUGUGAGGAAGUCACUGAGGCUCUUCUGAAGAAAACGGCUGACUUGGAGGUGGGCGUGAAGAGGACCAGGAGUGGACGGAUAAUCAAGUCCAUGGCGAAAUCCUGUGUGGAGACAAACGUGACUGUGAGCAGCGAGCAGGCGACGCUGGAGAAGGAAAAGCAGGUUUCUGAGUACCAGGUUCUCAGCCAGGACUCGUCUGCUGCGUCUGUGGCGAAGAAGAAGCGCAAACUGAGCGAGCCGAAAGAACGCUUCUGAGCUCACAGUCGCCGUGGCAGUGCCGCUCUGCUGAAGUUUCUGUUCAAACCUGCACAAUCUGCAGUUUCAUAUUUCCAAGGGAGUCCCACCCUGUUUUAGAAAG